AAAAAUUUGUUCUCAAACAGUUAACCAUCACGAAAAACUUAUUAUGUUUAGGAGCGAAAUAAAAAUACAUCAACUGCCUAUUGCCCAUUGGAGGAUAAUUCUCUAUUUUUCACUCUAUAAUUCAAUGAAAUCUGCAACAUCAAUCUUCUUACUUAUAUCUGAAACCUUGAUAAUCUGAGAGAAAGAAAAUUAAAAAGCUGACUUGUCGAUUGUUUCUGAAGGAGUUUCUCCCUACCGCGCAGAUUGAAGUACAUUACAAAAGCCCUCUUAAAACCUUCAAGAAGGAUAUUGUUAUAAAGAGUUCAGUUCGUGUGAUAUGCCUUUCCUUGGCGUUUUGAAAUGAAAAAUUUCAUCGCGACAUUUUUUAGUGUAAAUUUUUCAGUGAGGAGAAUACCAAUAUUAUGAAUUUGAGCUCAUUUCAAAAACAUGUGUGCCUAUUAUUUGUGUCAGUGGGACUGAUUACCUUUUAUAUCAGUAUGAAAGAACCCAUUUUAGUCCCUAACAAAAAGCCAUUUAGUUUCAUUAGGAAUGAAACGGAAUUGAUUGAAUUCGAUUACGCAGACAGUAAUUUUUCAUCGGAAAAAUCCUAUGACAAUUUUGCUUUCAUUUCAACGAAUUAUAGCAUAUCGUCCACUAAAAGGAAAAAUUUGAAUAUUUUGGGACUUUUUGAGUUGUCGACAAAAUGGGGCGAAAGGAAGGAAGGUAAAAGUGAAAUAUUGGCCGCACAAAUUGCCAUACAGCAUAUAAAUGAGAUGAAUGUCUUGCCAGGCUAUAGUUUGAAGUUAUUAGUGAACGACACCAUGUGCGACCCAGGUAUUGGAGUAGACAGAUUUUUCUAUGCCCUCUACUCCAACAACAACAUCUUAUUUUUACUUGGAUCAAGUUGUUCAAAUGUCACCGAACGUUUGGCUAACAUCGUGCCUUAUUGGAAUAUUCCACAGAUUUCUUUCGGUUCUACAUCCCCGAACCUGAGUGAUCGUAGAAAGUUUCCAUUAUUCUUUCGUACAAUUCCUCCAGACUCCUCGCACAACUCGGCAAAAAUUCUAUUUUUGAAACAUUUUGGUUGGGAUAUCGUCAUAACGUUCACACAGAGCGAGAAUGCCUUUCUUUUGCCAAUAAACAACCUAGUCAAGGAAUUGGAAAUGGCAAACAUAUCGUGUAAAGCAACGAUUACUUUCUCCGUAGAAAAUUAUAAAGAGCAGUUGAAAACUUUGAAGGAUUCGGAAGUGCGGAUAAUUUUGGGUAGUUUUUCUCCUGCAUUAGUUCCGAAAAUAUUAUGUGAAGCCUUUCACCUCCGAAUGCAGUGGGAUGAUUAUGUUUGGAUCCUGCAGGAUCAUCAGGAAGCCUGGUGGAAAUCUCCCUGGAAAACCGAAGACUGCGAAGUGGAGCAAUUGAAGCAGGCUGCCGAGGGCUUAAUUUUGGUUUCCGAUGUCAAUGAGAUUGUGGAUAACGAAACCUCGGCUUACGGAUUGGGAUCCUAUUUAAUUGAAAACUUCAACGCGACGGUCAAAUCGAGAUACAUCAAGUACGUCUACGAUGCAGUUUGGGCAAUAGCAUUAGCUCUGAGAGGAAACAGGUUGAUUACAUGCACCACUUCCGAAUAUUAUUAUCACCGCAGGGGGGAGAUGGUGGCCCAAUUUGUGGAGGAGAUGGAAUCGUUAAGUUUUGCCGGACUGUCCGGCCCUGUCAGAUUUUCUGGACCGGAUCGCGUGGGAAACUCUCUCUUCACUCAAAUUCAAGGCGGAGCAAAAUCUCAGAUAGCGAUAUACGAAUCCGACUUGGAUAAAUUGAAUUUCGUAUGCAUAAAUUGCUUUCCAGUAAUAUGGAAACAUGGAAAGAUUCCAAUUGCUCAGCGAAUUGUGAAAGUCAUCAUACUGAAAAUGCCUCUCUUCCUUUAUUAUGUGGUUUGUUCAACCACUUGUAUGGGAAUAUUCGCAUCGUUUUUAUUUCUUUAUUUCAACUUGAGGUUUCGCAAGAUGAAGAAUAUGAAGUUAUCCAGUCCCAAACUGAAUAAUGUGGCUGUUUUUGGAUGUAUAUUAGUCUACUCUUCGGUUAUACUCAUGGAGAUAGAUAAGAUCAUCGAUGUUUCGAGAAGUACUUUCACUGGACUUUGCACUGCCAAAGCGUUCCUUUUGUCAGCGGGAUUCUCCCUUGUCUACGGGUCGAUCUUCGCUAAGACUUACAGGGUUCAUAAACUUUUCAACAAUUGCAGAACAAGCGUUCUGAAAUCGAAAUUCCUGAAGGAUACACACUUGAUUGCUCUCAUCUCGACUCCCGUUGUAUUAGAUGCUAUCAUCCUGGCCCUGUGGGUGGUGAUCGAUCCGUUGGAUAGGAAGCUGCACAACUUGACAUUGGACUUCAUCGGUGGACACAGCGUAGUCUACCAGAACCAGGUUCAAGUCUGCGAGUCGAACAACACUGUUGGAUGGUACUUCGCUCUCUAUGGAUACAAAGCCUUAGCCCUUAUAAUGGGAGUUUUCAUCGCUUGGAAAAAUCGAAACGUUAAAGUACCUACACUUAACGAUUUUCGUUACAUUGGAAUUUGUGUUUAUUCUGUUCUGUUCGCAGCAUUGAUGCUUAUUUUAUCAAAUUUUAUUGGCGAAUAUGUGAUACUAAGCUACCUGAGCAGUUCUUGUAGCAUCAUAAUCGCCACAACUUUAACAUUAUUCUUGUUGUUCGUUCCACAGUUUAGACUUUUAUUCGGCAGAAUGAAAAAUGAUGAUGUGCUGAUGCAAAGCAUGGGCUUGAAAUUUGAAUGCAAUACGAGAAGAUUUAUCUAUAAAGAUCCCAAAGAAUUGAUCAAUAGACUGGAGAUACAGAACAGAGUGUUCAAAUAUGAAAUUGAAGCGUUGGACGAUGAAAUAAACUACCUAGAGAGUCUCCUCAAUUCCUCUAGCUCUAACAAUAGUAAUAAAGAAGUUUACACAAUAAGUAAGCCGUUAUACCUAGAUUUGCCAGAGCGCCAAGGAGCAAGAGCCUCAUGGCCUACAAGUCGUAAUGUAUCAGAGGAUCCUAAGACACGUUUUUCGUCAGAAAAUGAAUUGAACCAUGGAUUCUUCAACAAACUUAAGAUAUUUGGGAAGUUGAGAAGGUUCUUCGAUAAUUUGUCGUCUAUUGGAGACAUGGAUUCAGUGGAAAAUGAGGAAGAAAUGGAUGAAGGAAAGAAGGACUAUGAUGUAGUACAGGAUAUCGACAGUGUAGAAUCUCUAGAGAUAGGUCAGAUUAAACCAGGUUGUAUUAUUUAUCAUAUAUAGGUGAAAAUGUGUAUCGAAUCAUGGAUCUUUCAUUUUUGAAUAUAAUUAUGUAUAUCAAUAUACUUAUUGGAUUUCAGAGAUAAC